UCCUCCGCCCUCAUUGAAACUCUCUUUGCGUCUCGCUGCGUAGCGUCACAGCCCCACAGCUCGGGUCGAGGAUUAGACCAUCGACAAUGGCCACCCCCACGGAGUCAGUGCAAUGUUUUGGCCGGAAGAAGACGGCUGUGGCCGUGACCUACUGCAAGAAGGGCAGAGGUUUGAUUAAAAUCAACGGGUGUCCUAUCGAGCUCGUGGAGCCCGAGAUUCUCCGAUACAAGGCGUUCGAGCCCGUGUUGCUCUUGGGAAGGCAGAAGUUCGCUGGUGUGGACAUGCGCAUUCGCGUCAAGGGCGGAGGUCACACCUCGCAGAUUUACGCCAUCAGGCAGAGCAUUGCCAAGGCGCUUGUGGCGUACUUUCAGAAGUACGUAGACGAGCAGUCGAAGAAGGAGAUUAAGGAUGUGCUUCUGAGGUACGACAGGACUUUGCUUGUGGCUGACCCCCGCCGCUGCGAGCCGAAGAAGUUUGGUGGUCGUGGUGCUCGCUCUCGUUUCCAGAAGUCUUACCGUUAAGCGGCGGGUCGAUUGGAGUGUUUACAGUGGUCGUGGGGGCGGUGUACGUGAUUCGUUGUCUCUGGUAGGGGGUUUUUUCCGGAGUUUUAGGUUUGGAUCACCCAAAAGCUGUGUUCGUGGAUCAUAUUUUUUCUGGAACGUUCCGUCUGCCGAAAUGUUUAGAGCUGUCUGACCUAAAACUGGAAACGGAGCCUCCCUUGUUUUUCUUGCCUAUGCCUCAUUCAGGAUGGAAACACUGCCUCCUUUACUUUAGCCUUA